UCAGUCAACAUUGGACAGUCGAAUCGAAAGGUUUCAUAAAGUGGUCUUACGAUGAACAUUUUAUUUCGAAUUGUUCUUUUAUUUUUGCUGGCUAACCAUUGCCAGCAAACUCCUGUUGAGGAAACCACAGAAGACUUCGAUGAGGAAUUCAUAGAGACAACAACCCAGGCGCACAUCGUGGAGAAAACUAAAGAUGAAAUAAUUGUCGAUCUGCAAAAUAAAUUGAAUAAUAUGAGGCGACAUGUUGCGGCCUUCAAAUCAAAGUCUCAAGCAGAUACCGCAAAAGUUUUGAGUCUAAGCGAUCUAAUUGUGGCCUAUGAGUCACAAAUUGAUUCGAAUACUGCCAUAAUUGAGAAACAGGAGGAGCAUAUCAAAAAGUUAAAUUCUUCUGAAAACUCUUAUCGAAGUAUUUUCAUGCAGAAGGAAUUGGAAAUAACUGACUUGCAAAUCAAGACCAAGACUGAUGCCUCAAAUAUAAAGGAUUACCUAAAACAGAUUUCCAACUACAGAGAUCAACUGAAAUUCUCUCAAGCCUCAAGUUGUGUGCCCUUUGGCAAUUUCACAGGAAUUGCAUUGUUGCAUUUGCCAGGUGGAGAACCCUUCUAUGCGCCCUGCGAGUCACGCCUACAACAAGGACUCGGCUGGACAGUUAUUCAACGUCGAUUGGAUGGCAGUGUUAACUUCUACCGUGAUUGGAAUGACUAUCGAUGA